AUUAUAUAUAUAUAUAUAUAUAUUACAGCACAUGGCCGCCCGUAAAGCCAGCCAUCACGACACGAUGGCGCGGCUGCACAAGACUCUCGAGACGAUGAUACCGGACAAGGCGGAGCGAGAUCAGCUCUCUUCGAAGCUGAAGAUACUGCAUAAGCAAGGCAAAGACGUCGUGAGGAAUUCGGUGAGCGAAAUCAAGAUGUAUCUGCGGGCACACAAGUGGAACGCGGAGACGCGAAGGCGUUUUCACAAGAUCAAGCGAUUCAUGAAGACUCACAUGAAGCCAGCGAAGCCGUACCACGUGACGCGCGCCACCAUGAUGAAACAGCUGCAGAAGAAACUGUCGAGCACAUAAUCUAAUCGCAAUAAACAUGGAAUCGCC